AAGAUCCGAAACUGAGAAACGUCGUGGCAUUUUAGGGAGCGAGAUCAAAAUGGAGAGGAGACGAAGUUCAAAGAUGAACAUUGCCAUAAUACAUCCUGAUCUUGGAAUAGGUGGAGCUGAAAGACUGAUCGUUGAUGCCGCGGUCGAGCUUUCGUCACACGGUCAUAAAGUUAACGUCUUUACGGCUCACCACGACAAAUCUCGAUGCUUUGAGGAAACUCUUUCUGGCAUCUUUCAAGUCACGGAGUAUGGUUCUUUCCUGCCACGGCAUAUUUUCUACCGUCUACAUGCUGUGUGUGCAUAUAUCCGAUGCCUGUUUGUUGCUCUCUGCGUUCUCUUGGGCUGGCCUUCGUUUGACGUUAUACUAGUAGACCAGGUUUCCGUUGUCAUCCCAUUGCUGAAACUCAGAAGGUCAACAAAGGUUGUUUUCUAUUGUCAUUUCCCGGAUCUCUUACUGGCUGAGCAUACUACAGCACUCAGGCGGAUGUAUCGGAAACCUAUUGACAUAAUCGAAGAACGAACCACAGGAAUGGCGGAUAUGAUCCUUGUUAACAGCAACUUCACAGCAUCUACCUUUGCUAAUACAUUCAAGCAUCUUCAUGCACGAGGAAUUCGCCCGGCUGUUCUUUUCCCGGCAGUCAAUGUUGACCAGUUCAAAAAGCCCCAUGCUUGCAAAUCAAAUUUCCUCUCCAUAAACCGCUUUGAGAGGAAGAAGAACAUCGAUCUAGCUAUUUCAGCUUUUGCUUUGCUGCUCAAACAUAACGAAAAACUGGGUGAUGUUACCCUCACAGUUGCAGGGGGAUAUGAUGAACGAUUAAGGGAGAAUGUUAUGUACUUGGAAGAGCUCAGAAGCUUAGCCGAGAAAGAGGGAGUGUCUAAUCGGGUAAACUUUGUCACAUCUUGCUCAACAGCUGAACGCAACGAACUUCUCUCAAACUGCUUGUGCGUUCUCUAUACACCAACGGUUGAACAUUUCGGCAUUGUUCCAUUAGAGGCCAUGGCAGCAUACAAACCCGUGAUAGCAUGCAAUAGUGGAGGUCCCGUGGAGACAGUAAAGACUGGAGUAACUGGGUACCUAUGUAACCCGACCCCAGAAGAUUUCAGCUCGGCAAUGGCCAGAUUCAUCGAGAAUCCAGACCUGACAAAGACGAUGGGAACCGAAGCCAGGAAACAUGUCGUGGGGUUCUUCUCUACCAAAGCGUUUGGACAGCGGUUGAAUCAGUUUCUCAUCGAUGUCUCGGCUCAGAAAGAAGAUUGAGAUUGAGAUUCCCCUGAGCUCAUCAAUCAUGAAUGUUCUUAUCACAGACUUCAGGCUCAGUGACUGAUAUUAGUUAGAAACAACACGAGCUUUGAUGAUGGUGGUGGGAUAACUUUAAGUUCGUUACCAAACACGUAGACUCUGAAGUUAAAUGUUGCAUCUAUUACAGUUGCUGAGAUCUUCUUCUUUCACUGUUAAGUUUCUGUAUUUAUUGUAAUAGGCGGUGUGCCUAGAUAUGCCCACAACAUCUACAGAAGUACGACGUUUUAAUAUUUUUGUUUUUAAAUUUUGAA